AUGGCAUACUCAAGCACUGAAUUCAAGAAUGAAAUGAUCGACCCCAAUCUCGACCCAGUCCUGAACAGAAAAGUCGAUCGAGCUUGUGCCCUGAUCCAGAAAGACCCAUACGCUGAUGUCCCUAGCGAAGAUGACUUUAUGGAAUGUGAUGAAAACACAUUGUUCUCGCCACACAAGUUGCAAAUCGACGAUCUUGUUACUCUACGCGAGAUGCAUGCUGACAACCCUCGUGUGGUCACCCCAACUACAAAUAGAAUAUCUGUCGAAAUGAUGGGAACGCCAGGAUACAUCAGAGAAACUUCAGCAGGAAUAGCCACAGCAAAAGCAACCGAUGAGGAUCUCACGCUCAUUUUGGGCGUCCAGACCCAACUUGAACCCGGAUCACCCUUCAAAACGGGCACGUUACUUAGGCCAUGCUACAUGUGUCAUUUCGACUCCUUCGCGAGAACUGCCAGUCGAAAACAACAUAUUGCCCCCUUCGAGACUACCAAGGAAAAGAACAAACCAGAACAAAACGGCAUGGGUAACCUCCAAGCGUUGACCAGCGAUACCGCGAAUGCCUUGAGUCAUGGAGUAGUCACCUGGAUUGAAGUCUCUUAA